GUGAUCUAUUUGACAUCUGGGCACCCUGGUUAUUAAUCACUAACCGGCCCGUUACCUAGCGAUGGCGGGGGCCUUUGAAGAACUGUUGCCUUUGUCAAUUAACAAACAGGGUGGUGUAUGACUAAACAGUUACGGGGAAAAGUUGUGUUUUUCUACCCGUACUUUGUAAAAUACACUGGGAUUCGAACCCGGGAGUGUUGGUACGUGUGGUGCUCUUUACGCGCUGAAGCACGUGGAUAGACUAUCGUGUGCGUGUGCCGGGUCAUAUAAGAACGCCAGUGAACCCUGACGUUAGUUUGAAGAGAAACCCUAGCUGCCUGCAGCAAACGAUACCACAGCACCGCCCCCCUCCCCCACGUACAAGUUCACUCCAGGUGACAUGACCUGAAAGGUGCGCUGUUGUUGAUUCACACCUGCCUCAUUGUUUGUCACUCCGCAGGUGAGAGAACUGACAUCACGCGGGCCUGACGCCACGGAUAGGCCGAGGAAUGUAGCGAGGAAACGCGGUCGAAGACACGAUGGACACGGGAACUGAGAAGUUGUCUACCUCCCACGGACGGCACGACAGCAAGCUGGCGGGGAAACAGCCCGCAACCGCCGGGCUACUCGUCGCUAACGUCCGGUAACUCCUAACAAUUGAAUAAGCAGGUGGGCUUAGCACAGGCACUUUGUAAUUGUGUUUGCUGACCGAGAAAAAUGGCCGGCCUGGAAGAUAAUAGCAAACAGUCUGAUCCCGGCGAAGAUUUACAGCCUCAGGCGCAAAAUCGCGAGAUAAUCGUGACAAAUUGCGCGCCUGAGACAAAGGAGGUCGACGAACCGCUUUCGCAGGUAACCAGGGAACGGCCGGCGGUGUCACGGUUCGGCCGUCUGUCGGCUUACACCCGGGGCAGCGCUAGCACCGGCACGGUGAGCCACCACUCCACGCGCUCCUGUCCGGCCGCCGUAGAGACGCCGGGGCGAGAGAAGCUCCUAAACAAGCGCCCCAGCAGCGAACACUACUCAUGGGGAGUGACUCCCAAGGAUGAGGCGGCGAGGAAAGAGACGGAGAAGACCAUGUUUUCCGCACUGUCGGAGGAGGCGAAGGCUGCCAUGUUGGAAAUGCGGAAGGAAAUGGAGGAAUGCAGGCGACAACUUGACGACGACACAACAAUAACACAACCACCUGCAGACAACCCAAGACAAGAAGACGACACGGGGGUAGACCUAGCCGACGAAGAGGACGAACAAUUCGAACAGGAUAGCGACAAGAGUACGCCUAACGACAAUGCAGAAGUCGUGGACUAUAUUUCUGACUAUUCUGAAGACUCGGACUCGCUCCAAGAGGCGAUUUUCAGAGACGAGGACCACCGUAGACCAGUCAGCCGCCUGUCCUACACCCACUCUGCGCCUAAACAGAAAACUGUGCCCAUGUUGCCUCCUAUACAGACUAAAGCCAAAGUCCAGAGACAAAAAUCGUAUCCAGGCGAGAUUCGACAUCUCAAUAAGUCCUAUCCUGGGUCCCGCCCAUCCCCAACCGAAAACAUGGUCUCCAACCAAACCUACGUACCGGGGGUCGGCCGUUUCCAGGUUUUGAGACCAGCCAUUGCAAGAGAGAGGUCGUUCAAGGUCACGGGUCCGGGGUACGACUCGAGAUUUCACGACCAAGUCUGGAGAACGGAGGCCGAGAAUGGCGACAUCGUCCCGAGAGAAGUCAAGAAAAUGGCGACUCAGAAAUGCAAGGAGUGGCUGAGACGCUGGGUCGUCUCCACUCCUCCUGCGGACACCAGAAAGAGCCUGUCAGACACCAUGGACUGAUGGGAAGGAAUUCGAAUCGAAGAAAGAACAUGGUGUUCGAAUUCAAAAUGGCGGACAGUCACAAACUGACAGAACUUGUGGUGCGACUUCUAGAUGUCAUAAAUGAUGAGAUAAAGG